AUGUCGACCCACAUGGAAUACAGCUCCUACCCGAGAGAUUGCCCCACUAUGGAUAGCCUGGAGAGGCAGCUUAUCUGCCCCAUUUGCUUGGAGAUGUUCACCAAGCCGGUCGUCAUCCUGCCUUGUCAGCACAACCUGUGCAGGAAAUGUGCCAACGACAUCUUUCAGUCUCGAGGGACGACCAUGGGAUCAGCAGGGAGGUUUCGUUGCCCCUCUUGCCGCCACGAAGUGGUUCUGGACAGACAUGGCAUCUAUGGGCUACAACGGAAUCUACUAGUUGAGAACAUCAUUGAUAUUUACAAGCAAGCGUCAGCAAGGGGGCCAGAGAGACCUCUGUUAAAAAGUGAGCAUCCGACCUGUGAAGAACACGAAGAAGAAAAGAUCAACAUCUAUUGCGUGACCUGUGCGGUCCCCACCUGCUCCCUCUGCAAGGUCUUCGGAGAGCACAAGGAGUGUGAAGUGGCCCCCCUCUCGGACAUCUACACGAAACAGAAGGCGGAGCUGACGGAUGGGAUUGGGGCUCUCGUGGCCGCAAAUGACAGGAUCCAGGCGUACAUCGGCAGUUUGCAAGGCACGUGCAGGAAUAUUGAGGACAACUGCAAAGCUCAGAAGCAGGCCCUGUGUGAGAAGUUCGACCGCAUGUGCGCCAUUUUGGAAGAGCGGCGAAAGAUCAUGUUGCAGAGGAUCACGUACGAACGGGAGGAUAAAAGCCAGCAGCUGAAAUCCCUUAGCAAAGUAUGCAGUGACCAUAUCGAAUCUUCGUCCAAGCUGGUAGACACCGCCCUGCAGUCCAUGGAGGAGCCCCAGAUGGCUGUUUUCGUACAGAAUGCCAAAGUCCUUAUUCAGAAGAUCGCGGAGAUGACCCACAGCUGCAAACCAGACCCACUGGAGUUGGGAUAUGACAACAUGGAGCACUACACGGUGGAUUUCAAUGCUGAGGAACGGGUCCUCUACCAACUGGAUUUCAUCAAAGUUGAAGAGCCUGAGCCAACCACAGAGGAAGACGGGGCCUCUGGCGAGGCCGAAGAUGCUUUGGCCGAGUACGGGGCAGCAGCUGGUGAGGGGAAAGAGGACGCCGAAGACCCCUUUGCCUUUGGAAACGAGGAGCCCUCUCAAGGGAGAGGUGUCCCAGCUGCUGAGUCACUGAGCAGUGCCGCCGGUGGGGUCAUGGCUUCAGCCCAAGGUGCCACUCAGCCUGGGGCGGAAAGCCUGGCUGGCAAAGAGGGCAGCUUAUGGGCCAGCCAGCAGGGAGAUCUCCAUCUAAGCGGCACCAAUUCACCAACAUCCCUGCCGGACGGUGCCUUACUGAGUAAUGUGCCCAUCCAAGGCUCUGGGGAUGUCUUCAGCACCAUGGACAGCUCAGCCGAGGAAGGUGGCGGCCUGGGCGGCAGUGGCAGCAGGGAAUGUGAAGCCGGCCAUGCCCUUCUUCUGAACGGAAUGGCAUCUGCCACCAGCCAGGCUCCCGUGUCCAGUCCCACGGCCGACAGGUGGAGAAGUGAGGACAUCACUGAGCCUGUGCUUAGCAGCUGCUUCAAUCCCACCCUUUGGCUCCACGAUUAA